AUGAGCAGGAGAUACAACAGGGGAGGCCUCUCUGAGGCCUCUGGGGGCACCUGGGAAGAGGAGAGGCCCCGCGGACGCGAUGUAGCAUUGAGGGACGGCGCGAGACGCACGGUGUUGGUGAUGGGCCCUGGGGCCCGCAGGGGGGCCCACAUGGGCUCGCCGGGGGCGGUAGAGACAUCCCCAGGAUUUCAGGAGAGGCCUCAUGGGAACUCCCCGGUGUUGACGGCCCGGCAGGGCCCCCCCCCUCCCACCGAUUCGGGGGCCCCUGGGGCCUCCGGGGGCCCUGGGGGCCCUGGGAGCACGAGAAAGCUUCCUUUCAUGGCACUUAGCGACAUCAUACGGCAGCAAAACAUCAAAGGAAAACUGCAUGGGCAGCAGCAGCACCAGCUGCAGCAGCAAGAACGUUCUCCCUCACCAACGAGAUCGCAGCAGCAGCAGCAGCGGCAAGACCAGCCGCAGCAGCAGCAACAGCAGCAUGGAUCUGCCCGCAAUGCACUUUUUGGGUCUGAAAGGGCUAACGCUCAUGGAAGGGGUUCAUCGGGGGGCCAGGGGCCCCCCCUUGGUGAGCACCGCCGGGUGCGGGACCUGAGUGGGGGCCCCUCUGCAGCAUCAGAGUCCGGCGGCCGCUCGAGGGGCCCCCGUAGCGCAGGGGAGGGGGCCACCCACGACACCCCUCGUACCCUGCAUUUGAGGGAGAGGCCCUCUUGCUCUCCACCGGCAUUCAGGGGCCCCUCUGUAGACCGUAGUAGCGACAGAGAAAGCAGGCGGCCCAGGGGGGGCACGCGGGCAGCGGAGAGUGGCGCGAGGGAGAGAGGGGAGGGGGCCGGUCCCGCGGGCGGCAGUCUCCUGAGGAGGAGGCUGGGGGCCCCGAGGGGCCCCAUGGGUGGGAUCGAUGGGCGUCAAGGAAGAGGGGUACUUCUCCUGGUGCAGAGACGAAGGGAACAACGCAUGCAAGGCAGCAGCACCACAGCCACAGGUCACCUCCCCCAGGGCGCCAUCGCAGGGGCCCCUGGGGGGGCCGGCCUUCUGAAGAGAGGGGCCCCUCAGGCUUCUCCCCACGAAGCCGUAAUGCAAGAGAGGGGGCCUCCCGGCACUCUGGGGGGCAACAUGGCGAGGGGGCCCACGGGGGGGCCCACGGGGGGGCCCCCGAGAGCCGCAGCCGGCACAGACACCGCAGCAGCAGCCAAGACUCUGCGGGGGAGUGGGGACAAGGCAGAGGGAGAAACCCGCAACAUAGAGAAACGCACUACAGCCCCCAUAAACAAACCAGGAGAGAUUGGGGCCCCAGGGGAGGAGGCAGGGCCUCGUAUGAGAGAAAGCCCCGCAGCAGCCGCGGCAGCGAACGCUCUGCAUCUCCAGUGUAUGAGGAACAACGCAGUAGAGGGCAUCAAGGGAGCAGGGGGGCCCCUCAGCGGGCCCCAUCAAGAGAACGUGGAGGGGCCCCAAGAGGACCCUCAGGUGCCCCUAGGGAACCCCACAGGCGCCCAGCAGCAGGAGCGUCUGCCAGCCCCCCAAGGGAGUGGUCGGGUAGGGCCCGAGGGGGCCCCGAGCCGGGGGCCCAUCACUCGCGUAGCCGUAGCAGGAGCCGCAGCAGCAGCAGACAGGCGCGCAUGCAUCAGCGACGACCUAGAGUAA